AUUGUCUCUGUAUAUCAAAACAAAACUUCCUCAGCGGAAAACUCAGUCAAAAUUUUUACUUGCUCCAAGCGAAAACUUCUAAGUGCUUCUGUUAAUCCCACGUUAACUCAAUUAGAAAUUAGUGGGGGGAGAAGUGCAGUGAAGGCGUUUGUAGCUGGAUUCACGACAAAAGCAUGGAAACGGUAACACUGAAUCGCUUACUCGGCGACGAUCGAUCCCAGCUGGGGGCGGGUCUGGCGCAGUUCAACAAACAGCACCAGCAGGUUUUCAACUUUUCUCACCUGACGACCAGCGGUCAGUGGGUGCCGCUGUGGAAUCGAUUUUUUGAGCUGCUGGCGGACCCGCUGAUGGGCGCACACCAGGUCGAGUGUCUGGUGGCGAUCAAACUGCUGAGCCGCGACAAGACGUAUCUGAAUGAGACCGUGCGAGAGGAGCAGUUGGAUUGCCUGCUGGGAUUGGCUGGUGUUGGGAAGGAAGCAAGUGUUACGCCGCGGGAGGAAGUGCAGGUCGAGGCACUCAAAUGUCUAAGCAAUUUGAUAUUCCAGAGCAGCAAGUGCCAGGAGCUAUGUUUGUUUAAUGAUUCCACCGAGGGCAUCAUGAGGAGGAUUAAGACCUAUAAGGAUGGCAAUGUAUGCUACGAUAUUCGAUACUUUGAUAUGAAAUUGCUCUUCCUGCUAACCGCCAUCAAUCGUGAUAUUAGAGCUAAGGUCAGGGAGGAGCUUCACGGAUUGACUUAUUUGGUUGAAACUUUGGAUCUUUUCAUGGGACAAGCAGCCGAGGCGAAGGAAUUUAAUGACAAAGAUGUCGAGUUGAUAAACGAGGUGUUGAAGGUUUUGUUUAACCUAUCCGUCCGGGAUGGCAUCCCAGAGGAAGAAGAAGCGAAUCAAUUCCACCGGCUGGUCGUCGUCGUCCACGAUCUGUUUUUCUAUCGCACCCUGAACCGAGACAAAAUCAUUUCGCUCCAGUCAAAUAUCGUCAACCUUUUGACAAGCGUUCCAGUCAGCUGCUACAAUGGACUAUGCACCCCGCUUAGCUCGAAUGAUCUGACCUCGAAAACCGUUGUCCCUUUCGAGGGUAAAAACGUGUUCGUGCUGCAUGUGUUGGUAGAGUUCUUGCGACGAGUUUUCCAGAAGUCGGAAAAGAAAUCCGAUCAAUACGAGCUUCUGUCUCCGAUCCUGACCGUCUUGAUCAAAACUAUUCGGGCAUCGGCCCUGAAUCGUCGAUGCAUUCGGUCGAAAGUGCUUCCACCUCUCAAGAACGUACAGGACCGACCGGAGGUUGGCACGGAGCUGCGCAAUUACCUUUGCUCGAUGUUGACGAGUCCAAUCACUCAAAUCGCCGAUCUGUCCGCAGAGUUGCUGUUCGUUCUGUGCAAGGAGAAUGUCGGUCGGAUGAUCAAGUAUACGGGCUACGGUAACGCGGCCGGCCUGUUCGCCAAUCGAGGUUUGCUGGGAGGCCGUCAAGGCAACACGGAUCAGUAUUCGUCCGAUUCGGAGGAUAGCGAUACGGAAGAGUACAAACAGGUUCAGCAUUCGAUCAAUCCGGUUCUGGGAUGUUACGAACCACCGAAACCUAAUCCCCUGGAGGGCAUGUCCGAGGAGCAGAAGGAGUACGAAGCGAUGCAAUUGGUGGCGCUGAUGGACAAACUCCAACGGCAGGGCAUAGUUCAGCCGUGCAAGAUUGGUGAAGACGGAAGACCGCAACCGGUGGAUCACAUCAUGGAACUGCAGGACGAAAUCCCCGAACAGCAGCGGGAUCACAAGCGUAAGACCUAGACUGCGGUCUUCGAGGUAAGUGUCAUUCCUGGUUUCAAAGUGUUCUUUGUGGUUGAUUGUGUUCCUAAAAAUAGAAGUACCGUGAAUCUAAAGGAAUAUGACCCCUUUUUUGUUACAAACCUAUUCCGUUGAUAUGAACGAAGUGCCGUUCAAAUUACCGGGGAUCCAAGGGUUUUUCAUUUAUAGAAUAUUACUUGAAAUUUAAAAUAUUCUCUGAAUACUUAACUAAUCGCGAAAAGGAAAUGUUCAAAUAUUAAAUUAUAACUAAAAGAGAGGUUGCAAAUUAUCUCAAAUCGAUAGUGAAGCUUUCAUUUUGGCUCAAACCGUGAUAAUAAAAGUCCGUGUCCGCGUGUGAUAAGUGUAGUCAUUAGAAUUUCGUUUUAUGUAUCGUCUAUUUAAUCGGUUCCUUUAGAAGAAUAGAUGCUUUUAGAUGUUCAA